UUUGUGGGAUUAUUAUGUUCUUAAUAUAAAAUUAGAUCAUAAUUAUCCCCGGUCAGGCCAUUGGGCGGAUCCUUCCCACUCUCUUCCGCUCUCUCUUCUCUUUCUCUCUCUCUCUUUCUUCAUUAUUUCUUUAAACCUCUCUCCCAUCCCAUCAAUUUUAUCCCUUUCUUAUUAUUAUUCUUAAUAUCGUACGCAACUUUUUUGAAUAUUCAUUACAAUGUUCAAUUUUUGUACUUGUGUGAAUUUCAAGCAAGAGCCCUGCAGCGAUGAGGAACGGCAGAGCGAUUCCCCGGUAAGGAAAAGAGAUUUGAAGAAGGGUAUAUAUGACACUUGUAAUAAUGCUCCUUUGACUUUGGUUUCGACAUCUGAACGUCGAGACUAUGGAGAAGAUCGAGUCAUCAACUUAGACGCUGGAGACCCAACAAUGUACGAAACGUUUUGGAAGAAAAUGGGGAAGAAAGCGACGGUGGUGAUACCAGGGUGGCGAUCCAUGAGUUACUAUUCCAACGGUCGGAGCCUUUGUUGGUUUCUUGAGCCCGAUUUAUGCCAGCAAAUUCUCCGGUUACACCGUAUUGUUGGCAAUGCCAUAACCGAAGGUCGGUACAUUGUUGUCGGCACCGGUUCCUCCCAGCUUAUACUGGCCGCGCUUUAUGCCCUCGCUUCCCCUGAUUCUUCCGAGCCUACUGACGUCGUCUCUCCCGUCCCUUAUUAUUCGUCGUAUCCGUCAAUGUGCGACUACUUAAAAACAAGUCUUUUCAGAUGGGGUGGAGAUGCGAGUACAUACGAGAAAGAUGGAUCAUACAUAGAAAUCGUGACUUCACCAAAUAACCCGGACGGUUCUCUACGUGAACCGGUGGUGAACCGGAGUGGAGGCAAAGUGUUGCAUGAUCUUGCAUAUUAUUGGCCUCAUUACACUCCUAUUACUGCUCCGGCUGACUUUGAUCUCUCAUUGUUCACAGCCUCUAAGUGCACUGGCCAUGCUGGUUCUCGCAUCGGGUGGGCUCUUGUUAAAAAUCCGGAAGUAGCAAUGAAAAUGGUGAAGUUCAUUGAGUUGAACACGAUCGGAGUGUCUAAAGAUUCGCAACUGCGAACGGCGAGGAUGUUGAGUGUAGUAUCAGAUAGUUGUGAGCAGGUUGGGAGUACUUCAGACAGCCGCAAUGAAUCCUUUUAUGGGUUUGGGCAUCGGCUCAUGAGGGAGAGGUGGUGUCGGAUUAGACAAGCUGUUAAACACGGUGGCAUGUUCACUCUCCCUGACUUCCCUACUGCUUACUGUACCUUUCUUAACCAACCUACCGAGUCCCGACCUGCUUUUGCGUGGCUAAAAUGUGAAGACGACGAAGAAGAUUGUGCAGGUUUACUUCGACGCCAUAAAAUAUUAGGUCGAAGUGGAGUGAGUUUCGGGUGCAGUCCAAAGUUCGUACGUGUCAGCAUGAUGGACCGAGACGACAACUUCGACUUGUUGGUUCAAAGGAUUUCUAAGAUCACUAAUGCUCCUAAUUCUGAACAUUGAAACGACAUGUCGAUUCAAUAAUAACAAUAAUCCCCACAUUUCCUUUCGUAUCAACUAGAGAAUAAGUAAAGGAGGAGGACCAGCAUGAUAGAGUCGAGUUGGUGGGAGAUUUGGGGGUUGAAGCCCAAUUUUAUAUUCUUAUUUUAUAUUAUUCUCUUUUUAUUUUGAGUAUUUUGUUUGCGACAAAUUAAUAGAAGAAAAAAAAAGGUGCCCGUAGUUGUAUUUUUUCUAAGACUAAUACUUAGGUGCAUUCCAAAUCCAUCUUUAUACAUCCUACUUUCAUCACACAUAGAGAAAUUUGUCACAUGACAAAUAAUUAUAAUUGAACAAUAUAGUAGAAUAUACAAAGAUGGAUGCAACAUAGGAUACAUGCACCUAAGUAUUUUUCUCUCUCUCUUUUUUUUUCCGAAUGCUGCCACACGCCUAUACCUUACCCGUAAAUCAUGUAA